CACGUCGUAGACAGUCAUGCUUUUCGGUAGUUCUUUACGCGUCUCUGGUAGGCUUAACCACGUGUUUAUACAAUUUUGGUCUGCGUUUCCAUAACUCCAUUGAAGAUCGGCAGCCCGCAAACGCAGUAGAAAUCAUGGUGAAAUUGGUCAAGGUACAAUCCGAAAUGCUCGCUAAGAAGAAAGCUACCCCAACCAGAGCAGCUGAGAGUGGAAAUGCUGCAAAGAAGAAAGAAGUUGAUGAUAAUAAGGACAAAUUGGAGGACAAGACAUCACCUCCACCCCAGGUAGUCAGAGCUAGUCUUCCCGAAGACAAGGAAGCUCCUCCCGAAGAAACGUCCCCAGUAGAAGCUGAAGAAUCUGAGGAGGAAGAUGAGGAUGACAAUGAAGCGGUCAAUGCGGCUUUUACACAGGAACUGUUGGUCACUUAUGUUCUAGAGGAGGAGUCAGAGCCACCCUCUAAGAUCACUCCAGAAAUGGCUACCCCUACUGAGGAGUUGGAUGAGGAUAAUGACGAAGAGGCCGUGUAUUGUAUCGAAGGUGAAGAAGAGAUGGACAUGGCCCCUGCUCCUGUUGCCAAGGCAAAGAAAGGAGGAAUGGUGAAGCCCAAGGAGGAUUUGGAAAAUGAGGAUGAUGAUGAUGAUGAUGGUGAUGAUGAUGAUGACGAUGGAGACGAGGAGGAAGAAGUGCAGAGUGCUGAAGAUGAACCUGCAUUGACUCCUAGGAAAAGGAAGGUGAAAACCAAUUCCAAGAAGGAGGCUCCUCCCGUCAAAAAGGCCAAAUCUGACAAUAAAGGCUUCUGCCUUUUCAUUGGAAAUUUGGACAAAAGCAAGAGCUUCAUGGAAAUCAAAGAGGCAUUGGUGAAUUUCUUCAAAGAAAAUGACUUGGAAAUUCAAAAUGUCCGACUGGGGUCUUCCAAGAAAUUUGGGUAUGGGAAUUUCGCUACGGAAGAGCAGCUGCAGAAAGCCCUAGCGCUUAAUGGGAAGACGGUUAUGGACCAGAAGCUGAGGCUAGACAAGGCCAAGGUCAAAGAAACCCCUCCAGCGGCCAAAAAAGGCCAAACAAAGACACUGUACAUCAAAGGACUCUCAAAAGAAACCACUGACAAUACUUUAAGGAAAACCUUUGAGGGUGCUAUUGCAGCCAGAGUUGCCUCAAACAAACAAACUGGAUCAUCAAAAGGGUUUGGCUUUGUGGACUUUGACAGUGAGGAGAGCUGUAAGAUGGCCAAAGAGAGCAUGGAGUACUGUGAGAUCGAUGGCAACAAGGUGACCUUGGACUUCGCCCGGUCAAAGAGUGAGAGGGGCCAGCAUGGUGCGGGGGAUGGAAAAGGCGGCCGGGGUGGAUCUGACCAAGCUGGAGGACUCAGGGGAGGAAGAGGAGGCAGAGGAGCAAACCGAGGGAGGUUUAAGGGUCGUGGUGGUGGCUUGAAAGGAAAACCUCAGGAAAAGAAGGAAGUUUGAUGAUUUAAAAAAAGAUAUAUGCUUCUUUUCAAAUGAACGUUUCAUGGAAAAAUGGUCUGUAUGCAAAGAAAGACUGUGUAUUUCAGAAGCUGGUUCGAUCUGUGCCCUAUUUCCUGUUUUUAUUUAUCCUUUUUAGCCUUUAUGUAAAUAUCCUUGUUUACAGGUUGUCUUGUUGAGAUUAAAAUCUCUUUUACAAGAGA